GGCCGAGACCGCUGUCUCGUUUAGUGAGACCACCGUCUCAUCAUUGGCUAAGGGCGAGACCGCUGUGUCGUUUGGUGAGAUCGUCGUCUCGCCACUUGCCAAAUGCGAGACCGCCGUCCCGUUUGGCGAAACGGCAGUCCCGACCUUGUCAGGCGAGACGGCG